CCAGCCCGCCUGUGGCUAAGAGGAGCCGCGCAUGCGCUGCGUGCCCCAGUGGCGUAGGACCUGGUCUGCUCUCCACUCGCUGCAGGGCGGGGUUUCUUCCUGUCCGAGUGGGUCUGCUGUGGACAUGGCUGCUCGCUGCACCCAAACGGUGCUGGCCGUUCUGGGGCUACUCAGUGGAUGUGCGGCCAGCAGCUCCCGGUCCGGGACUUCGGGAGAGGCGGGUGGGGAGGCAGAAUGGCCGGAGCCGUGGGACGGCGCGGUUUUCCGGCCGCCUGCUGCGCUAGGCGCAGUGGGGGUGGCGCGCGGGCUGGAGUCCCUGCCACCGGGGAGCACAGAUACGGUGGACCUACCGGUGCUGCUGUGGUGGAGCCCAGGCCUGUUUCCACACUUCCCGGGAGACUCGGAGCGCAUAGAAUGCACUCGGGGCGCGUGCGUGGCGUCCCGGGACCGGCGGGCGCGCGCGGACCCGCGGACGCGCGCACUGCUCUUCUACGGCACGGACUUCCGUGCAGCCGACGCCCCCCUGCCGCGCCUGGCGCACCAGAGCUGGGCGCUCCUGCACGAGGAGUCGCCGCUCAACAACUUCCUGCUAAGCCACGGCCCCGGCAUCCGCCUCUUCAACCUCACAGCCACUUUCAGCCGCCACUCGGACUACCCGCUGCCGCUGCAGUGGCUGCCCGGGGCCGCCUAUUUGCUCCGGCCUGCGCCUCCGCUCCGGGAACGCGCCGAGUGGCGUCGUCGCGGGUACGCGCCGUUGCUCUACUUGCAGUCCCACUGCGACGUGCCCGCGGACCGGGACCGCUACGUACGCGAGCUCAUGCGCUACAUCCCGGUGGAUUCCUAUGGCAAGUGCCUUCAGAACCGCGAGCUGCCCACCGUGCGGUUACAGGACACAGCCACAGCCACCACCGAGGAUCCAGAACUCUUGACCUUUCUCUCUCGCUAUAAGUUCCACUUGGCCCUGGAAAAUGCCAUCUGCAAUGAUUACAUGACAGAAAAACUGUGGCGCCCCAUGCAUCUGGGCGCUGUGCCUGUGUACCGUGGCUCACCCUCUGUGAGGGACUGGAUGCCCAAUAACCACUCCAUCAUCCUAAUUGAUGACUUUGAGUCCCCCCAAAAGCUGGCAGAGUUUAUUGACUUUCUGGACAAGAAUGAUGAAGAGUAUAUGAAAUACCUGGCGUACAAGCAACCAGGAGGCAUCACUAACCAGUUUCUUCUGGAUAGCCUGGAGCACAGGGAGUGGGGAGUGAAUGACCCCAUGCUGCCUAACUACCUCAAUGGCUUUGAGUGUUUCGUCUGUGACCAUGAACUGGCUCGGCUAGAAGCCGAGAAAGCACAUGCAUCCUCUCCUGGGGACAUUCCUGUCCCAGAGCCUCACAUUGCCCAGCCCUCACACAUGAACUGCCCAAUGCCUACCCCUGGCUUUGGCAAAGUGGAAGAGAUUCCUGAGAAUGACAGCUGGAAGGAAAUGUGGCUACAAGAUUAUUGGCAAGGUCUCUAUCAGGGGGAAGCACUCACUGCCAUGAUCCACAACAAUGAAACACAGCAGAGGAAGUUUUGGGAUUAUGUGCAUCAGCUCUUCAUGAAAAGGAAUAAAAAUCUCUAACCGCCCUUGCAAGAGCCUUUAGCUUGGAAGACUUGUGGAAACUUUCACCAUGGCACCUAAGGCACAUCCACUGCUACCUUGAGUGAAUAUCAUCUGCCGUGUUCAUUGAUUCUCCUGCCCUGUACUGGGAAUGGGACCUGAGGUUUUGAGAAUGCUAGACAAGUGCCCUCAGCCCUCUCCACUGUACCUGAAUGGUGUGGAGCCAGUGUCUCAGCCUAUGAUAAUAGAGCUUCUUCUUAAGGAGAGGCAGAAGCCAGAGGCACCCGUUUGACUCAAGGAUGUCUGUAGCCAUUUUGUCAUUUCAAAUGUGGACAGGAUGGGUCAAGCUGUGAUCUAAAACGUCUAUCAUUUAGUGCCUUUUUCAGUGGCGUCUGUUCCUCAUCUUUUCUUAGCAGCUGAUACACGGGUGGAGAGGCAAAAUGGGGGGGGAGGGGGAGGGCUAU